AUGGUUUGUUUCAGCCCGGAUGGUCAACCAUUGUCAAAAAGUGCAUUGAAGAAACUGGAAAAAGAAAAGGAGAAGGCAAAAAAGAAAGCUGAAAAACAAGCCCAACUGGUGAGAAAACCCAAAAAAUCAGGGGUCGGUUAUACGAAGGCUGGAUAGUGCUAUCCACUCGAUAGUGAUUUUUUCAACCAUUGUAAAAAUACUCGAAAGGCGAUAAAAAUACAGAUAUGGAUUCCACAAUGAAUAAAAGACAACUUAAAUUUUUGUAUAUUAAGGUUUAAUCUGGAUUGUACCAGUCAACAGCCAAUUUAAAUUAAGAAAGCUUGAAAAAGUCGCUAUCCUGUGGAUAUCCAGCUUUCAUACAACCAACCGCUGAUGGUCGGCAUCGAAUCACACAUCUAAUCACAGUAUCACACUUCGACAAUCAAAUCACACUUCGUUCUUUUAUCUAAUUUAGUUACACGUAAGUUUGACAAAAAGAAGGGGAAAUGAUUAUUUAAAGACAAUAGUUAUUGUUCACCAGACCUUUUCAUUAUUGCAGAUUCUUUGCAUGGUUAAAGUUGAAAAAAUAAAAACCUGUAUUUGCACUCACAAUAUACUGUAAAUAUGACCAAACUCCAAACAUUUAGAGCACAACUGUGCAAGUCCAGUCUAGUCCAGUUUCUUCUCUGCCACCUUGGUUACAAUGGUGGCAGAGCAGCGGGCUAUGUCCCUCCAGAAGUAAAUAUGGGGGUUAAUUGACCCCCCCCCCCAUUCCUUUAAGUGAAUUUAGUUGUAUAUGUCUUUGUUAUGAGUAUCAGCUUUUUCGAUUGCCAGGUAUAGUUUGACUACACUAUUUGGCCAGCGAUUUUAGCCCCCACCAAGUCAUAUACAAACUGACCAAAACUAGCUAGUCUCAAUUUUUGAACUUUUUCCAUGGGAGCAUGCCCUCAUGGAAAAAACCUGAAAACUGAUACCGGAAAAAAUACCGAUAUAUCAAUAUUUUUUCUCGAUUCUAUUUUGCCUUAAUUUUACGCAGAAUUUGCUUAAUUUUAUGCAAAAUUUUCUGUUUUCAAAUGAAGCUAAAAAGGCGCGAUAUAACAAGAGAAAGGUUCGCUUUGGGUAUUGAAAAUGCAUAUUUGCAUUGAUUAUCCGCACUCGAUCAUGUGUUAUAGUUUUGGCCGGGAAAUUUGUUUCAAAACAUGUCAUUCAACUGCGAAUUUGAAACAAAGAUUGUCCUAUCUCACCAGAUAAAUAAUGUCCAAUGAGGUUAGUUUUUGUUUUUUUUAAAACGUUUGUAAUCCAGCGUUGUUCACGUUCACUUUUUGACAAGCGAAAUGACAUAUUACACCUUGCAACGCCAGUGAUGACAAACGCGUUUUAGCUCUCGCUCUAACCCUAAUUACGGAUUUUCCCUCAGAGUUAGCACAUUGAUCGUCUUUGUCCUUCUGAAAUAACGCCAAUCAGCGCUUGAAAAAGCGUGAUAUGACGUUUAAAUAUACAAACGUAAAUGUGAUAUCGAUAAUACCGAAAAAUAUUGAUAUUCCGAUAUAUCGAAAAUUUCAAUAUCGAAAAUUUCAAUAUCGCAUAAUCGGUAUUUAUAAAAAAUGAUAAUUAUCGGCAUAUCGAUAUACCACAACAGCCUAGCUCCCGGAACCACUAUUUUCACCUUCUUAAAUUUAAAUAUCUUCCUAUGCUACUCCUGUGACACUUGGAUCAUGUCUUGCAUGUUGUACUCGUGUUUGCACUUACAGCUGAAACCCAUGGUACACAGCCCCCCCCCAAUAUAUACUGUAAGUGCCCUGCCCCAAACUAAAACCUGUUCCACCGCCACUCCUCUGUUGAUCUUCAGAAAAGGUAGUGCUCCCAGCUCUACUGCAUUACUAUUAAUCUUUUGAGUGAAUAUUACUCACUUCUGCCAAUUUGUGAAUUACAUGUAACCUGUUUUGUUUCUCUUGAUUUUUAGGCUGAACAGGCUGAAGCAAAUGAGGGUGAGGUAAUGAGAAUCCUUUUUUUGUAUCUAUGUUCAGAUGUUCUUAUUGGACCAAGCAUCACAUGUAAACUCAUGCAAACAUUUUGCUCACACUUUCUUGCAGUCUUGACAUGAUAGUGAUAGGUCGGCAUGGCACUGCUGAUUGCCAACCUAAAUGCUAAGAUGUAACAGUUAUAUUUAGUCUAAUAGUACAGUAUGUGUAACAAAAAUAUAUAAGGUACUGUACCAAGUACAGCCAGGGCCGUCGCUAUAGGGGGGUGACCCCCUCCUGAAAACAUCUUGUUGGCAAAAUAACAAAUUUGUUGGCAAAUUGUUUACGUAGUUGGCGAAAAUAUUUGAGUGGCUCGGAUUGUUAUAGCAAAAAGUUUGAUAAAUUUACGAAAAUAUUGCCGAAAAAUAUAACAAAUUACGGUACAUUAAUUUGAAAGUUAGUGAAAAAUGGUAUGUCUGGAAAGUUUUUAAGCCCGCCAACAAUUUAAGGAAAAUAAAUAUUAAUUCAUUUAGCGAAUGAAAUGUUCUUGGCAAUUGUGAUACUACACCCCCCUGCUUUAACCUCUUUGCUACGGGCCUACGGCCCUGAGUACAGCACUGUCUGGGGCCAGUUGCUUAACCUAGGUUAACCCAAAACUCGACGCAAACUUCCCUACAGCUUGUUUAUAAAUUUGGAAAUAGUUCUUCAGAAAUAUUGUCUGGAUCAAUAGUAGGUUUCUUCUCUGAAGUUUUGAAUUAAGCAGACGUGCAGAAAUAUAUAAACUAAAACAGCAAGUUAAGUUUUAACCGAAGGUUAGUGCUAACCCAGCUUUGAAAAACCAGGCCCUGAAUUUUAUCAUUAUAUUACAAAUAAUAUGUGUCUCAUAUGCCAUAUUGCACUAAGAUAAAACAUGAGAUAAAGACACACUUUUUACAUACUUUUGAAGGAAAAAGCAGUUCAUUAACAUACAUGUACAGUAAGUAUAUUUCUCCAAUAUUUCAGGAUGUCUCCAAGGAUUGCUAUGGGAAUUUACCUCUGAAUCAAUCUCAAGAAAAAACAGGUGAGUGUGAGCAUUGCAGCAGCAUGGUAGUAGCUUUUACAAUACAUACUGUAUAGAACACCGUCCUUAUAAAUAUAACCACUAUAUUGGUUGGAGCAACUGGAGCCCAAUUUGGCAUGAAGGCCGGGAGCUGAACCGAAAAAGACUAAUUAAAGGAACAUGCUAAAGGACUAAUUAAAGGAACAAUGAAUGAACUGGAAUAUGCAGUAUUAGAGAAAUUUGUUUUCGACUGAAAAAGAGCAAGAGAACUUUUUCAUCAGGUUCUAAAGAUUUUCUGAAAGUGCAAAAAAAAAAUAGUAUUGUGCAAGAAAAUGAGCCAAAGGUUACUGUCUGUAAAUUUAUUGUUUUAAGUUCUUUGACCAUACAAGGAUAUUUUUCGUAGGUUCAUAUGACCCACAAUGGCCACAUUUUUCUCAACGUUUUUUGCGUGGAGUAAAUACAUUUUUGCGUAAAUACAUUUGGCAUAAAUAGUGAUUACAGUCUAUCAUUCUAUGAUGAACUUGGAUGAUUUAGGGCACUAAGACCUUUAUACUCCUGAGAAUUUGCUCAAUCUUUGCUCAAGCGAUCGAUACAUCGCCGUUAAACAACUUAAAGGACUUAUAGGUCAAGUCUACCUGUUUUCUGUAUUUAACUUUGUUUCACUUAUCUCCAAUGAGUGAUUGGACAUUUUCCCGUGGUGUUGGCAUGAGAUGCGUGCGGAGAUGCGCGCUCGCGAUUAUCCGCCUCAAAUGACCAGGCCUGUAACGUGUACACAUGCAUGUGCUGUGUGCAGGGUCGGAUCUGGCCUGAUUUGCUAGAGGGGGUGGGGGUUUUCCAGAGGGGGGUGGGGGUGGGGGGGGGUGGUGGGUGCAGUUACGAGUGUUCGGGGGGCAGGAAAUUUUUUAAAUUUGAAGCACUAAAAUGCCAUUUCCUAUAUUCUAAGCACUACGUUAGUUCGUUAAAUUUCAAAUUUGAGUUCACAGUACUUGUAUUUCGAGCAAAAAUUAAGAAAAGUGCAACGUUAUAUGGUUACCCGCUGUAUAUUGAUGCUUGAAUAUUUUCUCGCAUAUUCGAAAUUCUAUCGUUUCAAUAUAAUAAGUAGAGUAUUCAGAAGUCAAAUAUGGAAUGAUCCUUAUAGGAAGGAUAUACUAUUAGUCUUAUUCUGUGAAUUUUUCUAGCUCGAGUUUGGACGAAAGUCAAAGAUCUUCUUCCAGAGAAAGCUGGUGAAAAAGUUUUAGUUCGUGGCCGUUUGCAUACUUCCAGGGGGACUGGUAAGAUAUUUAUGCUCUUUAUGGUUAAAACACAAAACAGUGAAUUCUCUUUACACGUACAGCAGUCUACACUUGUCAGAGCUUUUUUUGGUAUAUUUAACAUAAAAAAAUUGUGAGAAUCGCGGUAUUUUCAUAAGCUCUCUAUAAACACUGUAAGUCUAGUGCUCUUGGCGCAACUGUUAGAAUACGUUUUUAAAAUAAAAAAUAAGUAAAAUCGACCGCACUAUGUUCGUUGCUAGACAUACAGUAAGUACAAGGGUAAAUGCAAUGGAUUGUUUGUUUGAUGACAGGCAAAUUGGCGUAUUCAAUUGCUAAUCAAAGGGUGUUCUUCAAAAAGUUAGCAUAUACAGUAAAGAAGCAUUCCUAACAGCUAUUUCAAUUGGGUUGUUACAGGCAAUAGUCAAAUGUACUAUCCAAGAGCCAACGGUAUAAUGGGAAUAAAUUAUAGGGUGAAACUCGUGUAUUAUAAAUCAUGUAUACCCCUGGGAAUUGCCAAAACAAAAAGGUCAUAGGCUACCUAAGCAGCUAAAUAUAUUAAAACUUGAUAUACCCAUCUUGCUGUUUGCGCUAGGAAUGUAGAAUUGACUAUGACAAUCCUUUCAAGAUUUAGCUGUAUAUAGAUGUACAUGAUGUAUAUGUACUAUUUAAAGCACGAGUAGGAGUGUUUUAUCACAUAUAAAACACGACGCGUAGCGGAGUGUUUUAUAUGUGAUAAAACACGACUACGAGUGCUUUAAAUAGCUUAAAAAACGACCCAUCUUCUGAUGAGUACAUUAGCGAAGUAAUUUUUAAAAUAAACUUUGUCUAAACCGAGAAAAUCAAAGCUAAAGUUGAUGUAAAUUAACAUGAUUUUUUAUCACAUAUAAAACCACGACACGCUUAUGAUUUUUCUUUGUGUUUUGCUCCUGAAUUAUUAAUGAGUUUUUUAAAUUUAUAUACAACAUUUUUGCAAAUCCAAGUAAUGCUGUACUUAACAGUAUGUAACUGUGAAAUUUAUAAGUUAGCUUAGUGGUACAAGUAUAUGAGUAAUUUUUGUCUCUCAAUAACACUGUAACGUUUCCUUAUUACAGGAAAACAAUGUUUUGUGAUUCUGAGGGAGAGGCAGUUCACUGUUCAAGCUAUCUGUGCAGUCAGUGAGACUAUCAGCAGACAGAUGGUAAAAUUUACAGCAAAGUAAGUAACCUUGAAUCGUAAAUUUUGAUACACGAUCAUUUUCCUUUUCAAUAAUGCUUAAAGCUUUCCUUUGGUAUUACUUCUGGAAGGAGUAUACUGCAUAUGUUCAUCCCGUGAUCUAUACAAAUAAAACAAUUCUAUUGGAUAAUUUUGUUACACGCUGAAUUGUGAUUGGCGAAAACCAUGAGGCCAUGGUUGUUAGCCGCGAAUGAUCAAAUUUUUCAAAACUUUAAGAAAUAGUACAAUAUUAUAUUAAUUCCAAACAACAUGGCAUUCUACGUACGUAGUAAACCGGCUUUUUUUGUUUUUGCUUUUCAUCAUCGUCAACCGCUUGCACUAAACCUCUUUCAAUAUCGUCAUUUACCCAUUCAUGAAAUAAUUGCGUAAACUUUUGAAGUAAUUUUGUACAAACAAUUCUCUGACUUUAUGGCGUGCCUGCGAACGCAACAAUUAUUUGAAAAUGUGCCUGCAAAAUGUCUUCAUGCAACAUGCGAUAUCACGACGUGAUGAGCCAUCAGCCAUUAAUUGCUAUACUGUAGACGCCGAUUUAAUAGUAGGCUGGCUUGUGCAUGAGUUAUGGCUUAUAUAUAUUUUUGGUCCGAGAAAUCGAGAAUUUUAGGCUCAGACUCACAAUCAUGCAUUUGCACCGUGCACUGGUAUAGUUGUUCUCUAGAAAUUUUAACUCGUCAGUGUCGCUAUUAACAAAGAUUUUGAUACAUUAAUAGUAACAGAUAGUAAAAUACAUAUUAAUAAAAUAACAAUUAUAAAAUUUAUUUUAUAACUUCUGGUUUCAAAAGUUUUACAAAAUAUGCCUGCAAGAAAGUUGUUUCUGAAAUGCGCCUGCGACCGUCGGUCCCAGCGGUCCCCACUUUAAUGAUCCCCUGCCUUACAGAGUGAUUACAAAAGUAUAAACAAAUCAUCUAUAUUCAUUGUUAUAACUGUAUGGUUUCGUAAAUGUGUAAUAAGAUGGCUCGAAAUCCUAUAUCUUAAUCACGAAAGGCAAGAUUGCAUGCAGGCAAGAUUGCAUGAGCACUUUCCGAAAGGGUGCAUGUAUUCUGAAUAUAAACCACAUCAAUGCAUUUUGUUCUGUUUAGUAUAAGUAAAGAAUCUAUUGUGGAUAUAGAAGGAACUAUUCAAAAAGCUGAGCAGAAAAUCCAGUCUUGUUCUCAAUCGGAUGUAGAAAUUGUUGUUACUAAGGUAUGGUAGAGCCGAUUGAGCCGAAUUAGCCUUUCUUACGCCGCCAUUUUUGGGUGGCUUUUAUUCAGCCGAAGUCUGCAGGAUAAGUCCACAUAACAGCGACUUUUUAUAAUUUUUUGGACGAAUGAUGGUAAAUUUGCUUUGUAAAUGGUUAGUUUAUUUUGAAAAAUUGCUUUUCACAGUACAUUGUGUUAUUGUCUGCAUUGGUUAACGAGAAUUAGAUGCCACCCAAAAAUGGCGGAUAUUCGUCAUCGUGAGAAAGGUUAAUUACAUUACUUUGUGUUUGUAUACAGUACAUCAUUACGUUAACAAACCAUACAUUGUCUGUUCGCAGGCUCUCUAAUACCCAAAACAACAUGGCGUUCCAAACGUUUUUGAUAUGCCCUCUAAUUAUAUAGCCCAAUAUCCUGUAAACCUUGCAUGGAAGCUUUUUGCAUUUUAUUGACCUUGAAAGUUAUGUUAUAACUUUUGAACCAAGCUGGUAAAAUAUUAAAACAUAACACAUUUAAUUAACGUCUCUAUUUAACCCUUGGGGGUUUCCAGUGGUUCUUGACUUGGGGAUUGUUAGAAUGGGAGGGGGGAGGGGCUAAAUAGAGGCAGAGGCUAAAUAAUAUUUCACAUUCUUUAUACUCAGAACUAGUGGUCUGGUAGUGCCGGUAGUACCUCCAAAUGAAAUAAGACCUCGAACACAUAAAUAUGAAACUGUCAACUAUCCCCCCCCCCCCCAGAAAAUCUGUGCCUGCUAUAAAGCCUGGUUGACACUAGCAAUUUUGUCUCUGCGUCACUGUAUUUUUAUAUGAAACGUAAACGAAUGUAAUUAUUGCGGUGAUUGCGACUUGAUGUGUGCGCAUGCCCCAUUUUACGACAACCUGCCGGAUAAAACGUGUCAAAACCGAAGAUUAGGCCCCAUAUAUUUAAUGUAAUGACCCAGCCUUUAAUAUAACAAUCCAGUUCCGCAACAAUCCAUUCCUUGACUGUCGGGUAUUGCCACGUAACCGAAGUGAAUGCCUGAACAGCCAUCUUGUUAUAAGUAGAGUUUUUCAAAACGAAAUGCCGCGGUUAAGUUUGCAUAAAAUAUGUAUAACGAUAUUGUAAAAGAGCGGUACUUUUGACGCGCAAAGAUAUUCUUUUCCUUAAUUGAUAAUAUUUAUUGGUUUUUUCUAUACAAUAUUUACUUACUGUUUAUGUUUAUUUAACAAAAUUAAUUUAUCAACUGCUGCUUAUCCCCACGAUUUUCUAAACGUUCGAAAACAGUUACUAAGCAAUCUUAUAACAAUUUUGGUAUAUCUGCAUGUUCAUCUAUCUAUCGAAUCGCCGAUUUUUUGAAGAAUUUCGUGCAAUUUUGUUUAUAGAUGUGUCAAAUUUGUGUUGUUAAUUAUUCAUUGUUUACAGUAGCUUAAAUUGGAUGAGCUGAAUCAAAGCCGAACUGAUUAUCAAUAAGGGAGUAAUAGAACUCUCCACUGAAAAAGCAUUAAAUGUCUUGUUCUGUUACUAUACUGUAAAUAGUAUAAUUUGUAAUAUUAAUACUAUAAGAAGCAUGUUAUACAAGUUUUUCCGAAAUUGUCAAGAAUACUUUUACGACACUGGUGCAGUGUAAAAGUUUCUUAAUAGUUAAAGACGCGCACGCAGGUAUCGAAGCAGCUGGUUAAACUAUUAUAAUUAUUGUGCCUCAAUAAAAUGACCUGCAUGACAAAUGACGAGUGGGGAUCAAUGUCUCUCAACUUAUUAUGUAUAACAGCAAUUACAAUUGAGGUUAAUCUCGCCUGACGCGAAUAUCUUUCAUCGAACACUACUAACAUAUUGUUUGGAGUCGAAGGUUUGUUGCGUGUAGGGAACGUAUAAUUCAACGAUUUGUCGACCGCAACGAAUUAUACUGUAUCUUUAAUUAUUACCUGGGCGAUGUUAUACUCCGUGGAUGCAAAUUCGAGAGAGUUUUUGAAUUGAUGAAAAAUAGAUGACUUUAACUCUCUUUCUCGAAGAAACUACCUGUAAACUUAAUAAGACUUGAAAUAUCGCGAAAAAGGAAUUCAAGAAGAAAACUGUGGCAACGGUGUCAAUUAAAUUAGACCGCGUCGCGAAUGAAAUCUAAGGACGCUCUCAGUAAGGUUAUAAGUAAUAUACACAAUUUAAUACUGAAAAGAUAAUUUGAAUUUGUAAAGUGGUUUUUCAGCAGACAUAUUAGACUAGUGGAAAAGAGAAGAUGUUUGCUUGACAUAAUUUUAGAAAUUGAAAGACGACGAAGAUCCAGCCUCUCUGUGUACCAGAAAAUUUUGUAUUCGUAUAAAGGUUGAAUAAUCUGACUGGAAUUCUAAUGUGAUAGUCAACCUAAGCCAAAUUACAGGCAAAUUAUCUUGCAAGUAUUCGAAAACAGCAUAUACUCUAUAAAAAAGUAACUUUCUCUCACACGAACACCUAUCAAACGGAUCAAUAAAGAGGGGCACAGGUCUUAUCUUUCUUCAACUCUAUUUGUAAAAUUAUAUAUACCUGAAGUACCUUCUUAUUAACAACGUUAAAAUUUCAUGGCUGACAAUAAUACGGUUGAAGGUGAGUUAAGACGAUGCAACGUUUUCUUCGUAACAUAUUACUGGACACUACCUGCGAUUGGUCUUCAUCUCUAUACUAACCUUGCACUUAUUGUAAUAAGUAUAUCAACGGCUCUAUUUGGAAUUGUUACAAAUGUUCUUGUUGUCGUGUCGUACUUCAAGAAUUCUCGUUUACGUACGUUGUCCAAUGUACCUCUACUUUCACUGGCGUUCAGUGAUUUAGUGGUUACUGCAGUAGUUCUGCCCCUACAUGUCACCAGAUUGAUCAAGGAGAUAUACGGUGCGCACGAUUGUAUUCUAUGGACUUUAAAAAGACUGACAACGUAUUUUUCAAUUGGUAUUUCAUUGCUAUCUGUAACAGUUAUAAGUAUUGAACGCUUCAUAACUUUGGCAUAUCCUUAUCACUACCAAACGAUUUUGACAAAAAUUCGAAUGAAGAUAAUUGUUGCAGCUAUAUGGUUUUUUACAUUUAUUUUUGUAAUUUCCAAUAUUGGCUUGAUACCAUACAAAAUGCUUCGGGCGAUGGCCACUUUAACUGUUAUUCUAUGUACAUCUACUUUGCUCCUAGUUUGGACUUGGGUGUACAAACUACUUAGAAAUCACGAAAGAAGAAUUGCUAUGGACCAUAGGCCUUCGAUUACAUCAAAAAGUGAAACCCGGCAGCAAACCAACAGAAACACGCGAACAAGUGGUAUCAUAGCUGCAGGUCUUGUUGUGUCCUACCUACCCCUCGUUCUCAUGCUUGCUUACUACUGGACAGAACCGGCAAGCUUCACAGGGAUUUAUCUUGUCACACCUUGGGGUGAGACAAUUGUACUUGCGCAUUCCUUGUUUAAUCCAGUGUACGUAUUCUGGAGGAAAAGUGAGUUCAGGCAAACUGCUCGAAGUAUUAUUCGUCCGGUUAAAUGCCGUGCAGAUAAGAGUGAUGGUGAAAACGUAAACAAUGUGGUCCAUUCGUUGAGGUCUUGAAAUAGUCCACAUCGUGACAAGCCGUCAUAGGGCAUCAUACAGUACUUCUCACAACGUUCGAAAUGGUAAUAGUAGUUGUUCUUGGUCGCGAUGAAGUACAAAAACACUCAUUGUGUGAUGUAUCAACUUUGUUGGACAAUGACAUAAAAUAGAUGAUUAUAUACAAUGGAUAACUAGUGAGGGAAGGAAUGUAGACACUGUAGCUAAAUACUAAAUAACUUUGUCGGUACCUUGGGCGUAUAUAGUACAACGUCUGGCGGAGAAAUAAGUUUAUUGGUUUAUUAUUAAUAAAUUAUAACAAUUUAUGUUUUUUGUUAAUACAUAUUUAUUAUUUAUUAUUAAUAAGUAAUAACAUUAUUAUAAGUACUUUGGCGGUACGUAUAUAGUACAACGCAAUAUAAUGGCCGUCUUACUGUGGAUUUGAUGGUAUUCAAGAAAACGUUUCUCCACUGGGAUCUUGAACGUGAACUUUAAACGAGAAAAGUAGGAUCUUCUAUGAGGGUCUGGGGGUCCACCCCAAUGCUUUCAGCCAUAGAUAUCUUAUAUACACUAGAUAGCGCAUCUCUUUUAGUAAAAUUGAAGCCAAUAAUAUUCCAGCGGUUACCCCCAUUUGAAUAGAUGGCGGCCAUGUUGGUCGUUCCCACUCGCUAAUAAACGCUUAAAAACAACAAUAACUUUCAUCAUUUGAAUACUUUAAAAACGUAUUUGGAAUAGGGUUAACUUAAUGUUUAAGUUCCCUGUUUAAGAAAUAGAAAACAUACAAAUCUUCUCAUUUCAUGGGAACGACCUGAGACUGCAAUCACAACUUCAAUUUUUGAAUUGCAGAAUAAUUAGAUGCACUAUCUAGUGUAUAUAAGAUAUAUAUGCUUUCAGCACUCUUAGGAUCAAUUUUUGAUAUAUUUCAUCAUUCAAAGGUUUUAUAAUGGAAAUACUAAAAGACUUUUAACUAAGUUAUUCUUCCCUUUUUUGCUUAUAUUUUAGAUAUAAGGGACUCCCGUGGGGGCUGGGGGCACAUGGGUAACUGGAGGGGGCAACAUUGGGGACUGGGAUGAGGGGGGGGGGGGUUAUUGUAGCAAACGUAUAGCAUAAGUCGGAAAGCAAUAAAAACUGAAGUGAACUGAUCAGCUUCUUGAGGACAUAAGAAUCAAUUACUUACGUGUAUGCGGCAAAAAAUAAAUAUAAAAACAUUCGUCUUUUUUAUAAAGGCUUUUAUUUGUCAUGUUUAGUACUAGGCGCAAAGAAUACUAGGUAUUAAUGUAUAAAUUGUUGAGGGGAUUGUAGAUGGAAAUUCCAAUAUAUUUAUAAUACAUUUCGGGAGCAAGAUAUAAGUGAAGCCAAGAUGGCGGCCAUUGACGUCCAAUAGCUCUGAAGGUCGUAAACAGCUUUUAUACCAUUUUCCCCCAGCUACUUCCAGUUUUUUUUCUAACGGACCAUAUCGCUAAACAAGUUAUCAGUUCAUACAACCAUAGUGUUAUUCUUUAAAUCGAUGUCAAAAUACGGAAUUUCGGCACACUCCUUGCCACGAUGGCGGAAAUUGAAGGAGCUACACGACGUUAAUAGAUCUUUCCCCUUUUGAGUGAAAUUUUGAUCUAGACAAGUCUAGACAAAAAUUUCACUACAGCUUGAAAGAGCAUCACCAAAUUAGUAAUAUUCCGAAGUUUCGUUGCGAAAUGUUGUAAAAUACGGAUAAUAUAGCACUGCGAAGUUUGCUGUUUUUCAGUCUUUUUGUAUUACAAAUGGGAAAUUGAUACCGCUUUCUGAAAAAAGGUAUCAAUUUCCCGUGCGUAUAUAUACAAAAUGACUGAAAAACGGUAAACUUCGCAUUGCUAUAUUAUCUGCGUUUUACAACAUUUCGCAACGAAACUUCGGAAUAUUACUAAUUUUGUGAUGCUCUUUCAAGCCGUGAUAAAUUUUUGUCUAGACUUGUCUAGAUCAAAAUUUUGGUCAUUAGGUAAUAGGUCCAUUGCAAGGAGGAGUAUUUAGAACCAUAAAAAAUAUGCAUUAGCAAAAUAAUAAAACAAAAUAGUGUAUUCACGGACUCGUAUUCACGGCCUUGUAUUCACUUGUUUUACUUCUUGUACACCUAAUAAGUUCUUUGUAAGUUUGCAUAGCGAUGAAACAUAUGAUACUUUAGUUUGUGGAAAUACCACGUAAAUUUAUUACUGCAAAGCUUUCGAUCCGUAAGUCCGGAUCUUCAUCAGUGCUAAUAAUAUAAUAUCAUAAUAUAGUUGUAACAUAUUAGCACUGAUGAAGAUCCGGGCUCACGGAUCGAAAGCUUUGCAGUAAUAAAUUUACGUAGUGUUUCCACAAACUAAAGUAUCAUAUUUUAUACCUAUUGCAAAGAUCGUGAAGAUAUUAAAAAUUUAUAUUAUUUUUUCCUUUCAGAUAUUUUGUGUUAGCCAAUCAUUUCCAAGGUUGCCCCUUCAAAUUGAGGAUGCGUCCCGGCCUGAGUCUGAAGAGGUAAGGCAUGAAAAAUUAAUUUUGUUACAAACCACCAGGUGAUCGGACGGCGAGCAAAAGGACUGGGACUAGCAACAGAAUAGAAAUCCAGUUUCGUACCUUUAAUCACUUGUCAUGCCCUGAUUCUUUUGUGAAACUGUUUGAAACUUUGGGUCUGUGUCUUGCACAGGGAAAUGAAUAUCUGGGACAAAUUUGAGAUAGAAAUCUAAUAUCGUUAAUGAGAUAUUGAGUAAUUUUAAACCAGAAAUGGAUUUCUAUUUUACAACUAGUGCCAGGCCUUUUCCGAGUUCCAAGAUCAUCUGGCAAGUGUCGAAGUUUACUCUUACUCUACUACGUCACUUUGGCUGAGUUGACUAUAGAGCCUCGCUUGGAAAUCUUGACCUUUAUCUAUUGUCACAUAAAUUAAAAAAUCCUAAGCUUUAACUAUUGUCAUGCACUUUCCGAACGGUGUAUUUGCUUGCAAAGAAUUCUUGACUGGUAAAAAUAGCACAAUAAUUAAGUGAAAUGCGACCAUUGACAUUGUACCUACUUUGACCGACAUAAAAUUUCGCAGUUUCAGGAUUUCAAUAAUUAUGAAAGACAACAAUUAGGACUUAAAAAGUUCAAGAAUAAAACAAUUCACGUUAAAAAGUCUGUUUUUCAUCGUUCCCAGUAAAUAAAAGUGUAAAUUGUACCCAACAUGAACAAUCUUUCUUUUUUUUCUUAAUUGAAUGUUGCAUGAAAAAUAUAAAUAUACGUUCUUAACUAAAGAUGGUUGCUUCAGCAUCUUGAAAUAAUGUUGACCUAUAGGUGCGCACAAUUCGUGGUAUCGUAUCCAAGACGUGUUUCUGACUACCUCCCUACCUACCUACCAUGUUGAUUCAAUCGUAUCAAUUUUUCAUAUUUAUUAUUUAGCCCGCCUCCUUGAAAAGAGAAAUAAACAAACAAUGGGCAAACUAGGAAACAUUGUUGCGGAAACAUUGUUUCCUACCCAUGUUUCACCAUGUUUCCCAUAGUGGGCAAACACUAGGAAACAUUAGUGAGAAACAUAGGGAAAUAUCAAAUGUUUCUGAAGUUGGUAGGAAACAUUUUUGCUUCCCGGGAAGCAAAUUUUGUUUCCGCAACAAUGUUUCCACGGGUGGGCAAACAUGGAAAAAAUUAAAGGAAACAUCGAGAAUCACAAAUGUUUCCGCAACAAUGUUUCCUAGUUUGCCCAGGGCUUAAAGUGCAUAUGACAUGAAAUUUCUUAUUUUCUUAAACGAAAGAACUCUUUAAGCUGUAGUGUAACUUAUUUUUCAGUUUCUUGUUUUUAUGGUUUGUUCCCGAGAUAUUUCAAUUUGUUUGAUAUGUAAAUGAGUUUGAAUAUGUCCGCUAAUUUAUGACGUCUGGUUAUAAAUCUAUUAACUCUAAAAACUGUAGAUAUCUGUUCACGUUUUUCUACAGUGUUUCAUCAUAUUUACCAGUGAGUGAAGUUUGAAAUUAUCAUCUUGGAUGAUAGCAGUGAUAUUCAACCAAAUUAAAGAGCUUGCAAACAAAGUGACGUCAUAAAUUAGCGGACAUAUUCACACUCAUUUACAUAUCAAACAAAUUCAAAUAUCUCGGGAACAAACCACAAAAACAAGAAACUGAAAAAUAAGUUACACUACAGCUUAAAGAGUUAAAAAAUUUAAAAAAAUUCAUGUCAUAUGCACUUUAAAGUAAUGUAAUGAAUAUGUGUUUAUUAGGAAUCAGGUUUGGCUACUGUUGGUCAAGAUGUAAAGUUGGAUCAUCGAUAUAUUGAUUUGCGGGUAGGUGUAUACCUUUUAUGUGAUCAAAUAUUAAAUAUCCACUGUCAUAUGACUAGAUGUGUAUGUCUUUAUUUUUAUGAAGCAUUAACGACGUAUUUACAUUACAGACUACAACUAAUCAAGCGCUAUUUCGAGUCGAAGCUGGAGUUUGUCGAUUCUUCCGCGAUUACCUCACAUCUAAAGGUUUUGUUGAAAUUCACACACCAAAAAUUAUUUCAGGUAAUUUGAUUGAAUCAGUGCAUUCGUACAGGGUGCAUAAAAAGGAAGUCCAACGCAUGUUAUCGUAUUUAAGGGACGGACCAUUAGAAAAGUGAUGGGG